CCUCACUGUUCACUGUGUCAGAUGUGUCGAUGCUUCCUUCUUUGAUUCAGCGACUGUCGCUAAAGGAGAGAGACUGCAGGCGACAGGGCCACUGUUUAACUCGUCACCAGUUUCAGGUUUUUACCUCCUUCAAAAGAAAAUUAUUCCCGAAGGACAGCCACUCGUCCUCCGUCAGCCAUGAGCGACAGCGACGACGACGUCCCCACACUGUCAGCUCACACUCUGGCCGCCCUGCAGGAGUUCUACAAUGAGACCAAAACCGACCCGGCUCUCGUCACCACACCAUCAGACCAGUUCGCUGUGGGAGCGCUGGAGGAGGACUGGCGGAUGAGCCAGUUCUGGUACAGUGACGAAACAGCAGCUCAGUUAGCUGAGGAGGUCAUACGUGAAGCAGGAGAGGGAGGCAGGAUAGCGUGUGUGAGUGCACCCAGUGUGUACCAGAAGUUGAAGCAGGGUGUGGUGGACGGCUCGGAUCGGGUGUCCGCCGUCGUGUUGGAGUACGACCGCCGCUUCGCCACCUACGGCAACGACUUCAUCUUCUACGACUACAACGAGCCGCUGUCCCUUGCGGCCAGCGUGGCUCCUCAGAGCUUCGACAUCGUCCUCGCCGACCCGCCGUACCUGUCGGAGGAGUGUCUGAGCAAAGUGGCCCAAACCAUCAAGUACCUGAGCAAAGGCAAAGUGCUGCUGUGCACAGGAGCCAUCAUGGAGAAAAUCGCCAAAGACCUUCUGGAUGUAAAAAUGUGCAGCUUCCUGCCAAAACACAACAGACAGUUGUCCAACGAGUUCCGCUGUUUCGUCAACUAUCCGUCUCGCCUGCUGUCCUGCUGAGGAGCUGAAGAUCGGUCUGAUGAGCAGACUGAUAGAGGCAGGACAGCUCACACCGACGUUCUCCAGCACAGCGCUCUACAGCUGUGGUCUCGUACUGUCGAGGAAUGAAGGAAUUCAUUAAAGAAGAGGACCCCUCUUCUUCUUCUUCUUCUUCUUCUUCUUCUUCUUCAGGGCCCGUUUUAGUCAACUCUUUAUAAUUACAAGUGAAUUUGAGUCUCAUGAAUCAAACACCGGCUGGUUUUCUACAAAAAACAUUAUUUAGGAAAACUAACUGAUGUUCAUUUUAGUUAUUAGUGUCAGUUGGUACUUUUGGUCAAGCAAAAACAGGAAAUAGUUUCAGCUUCUCCAGUGUGAGGUUCUUUCUGUUUUAUAUGGUUUUCAAUUGAACAUCUUUUGGGUUUUGGACUCUUGAUUGGACCAACUGAGCAGCUUUGGUUUUUACAGUUUACAGACCUUUAAUGAUCUGUCGGUUCUUUUUAUAUCAGUUUUACUCAUUGAGAUCAGUGUACUCAUCAUGCAGAGCUGAAUUAAAUCCUGUGCUGUGUCAGCUUUGAGAGAGUAUCCCCUGAUGAUGUCAUGGUGAGGUCAUCAGGAGGCUAGUGAUUUUUAACACACUCCUACACAGUUUGAAAGACGUAGGCUCUCACCAGACACCAGGCUCUGACAAAAACAUGCGGUCAAGUUGCAUUAUGGGAAAUGUAGGAUCCAUUUUGUUUUUGGGAUAUCUUGGCCUAAUCUGCUUUGAUUUUGACCAUUAUUAAAUGCCCUUUAAGUUCUAGAAACCACUCACUCUGCUGUUACUGGUUAGCAGCAAAGGAGAGUUUCAGUUUCAUCGAUGUUUUGAUCUGCCGCGUCCUCGUUUGGAGACAUACUGAAGGAGCAGUACGAGAUGGAGUUCGCAGCAUCACUACCAAGUUGAACAAACAAGAAAUGGAGAGAGCUAUCGAGAGUGACCAGGAGACAGAGCGAGCGAGCAAAGACAUGAACAACUGAAACUUUAAUGGUAUUUAAAGAGAUGCACAGCUCCUCUACCAGACGCCCAGAGUGGUGAAGAGUUCAGCCGGAGAAUAAACACCUUCUUACAUGUUUCAGUUGAUUCUCGUCAGAGGCAGAGCAGCACCGACCGUUCAGUUGACAAGAAGAAAGAUGGAAGAAUAAAUAAAAAAAGGGAAAAUA